CCCUUUGCAAAUCACUCUGUUUCUAUAUAUACCACUUCAUCCUCUCGCACCCACAAACAACACUCAUAGCUGCUCCAAAUUUUAGCUAUGGCGAUGGCCAUUGAUGAAAACUAUGAGCUUGAGAUUUCUGGCUAUAGCGGUUCCGCCGCCACCACCACCACCACCACCACCACCACCACAACCAUCAAAACCAGUUCCACAGAAAACGACUACUAUCUUGAUUGUAACUGGAACAACUGGUCACCGGUCUUCGAUUGGGGGAAUUCAUCCGGUGAUUACCACAAUGAUUUUCGAGAUCUAAUUCAUUAUAACAUGAUCGACGAUGGAGGAUUUAUGAAUCUGGAAAGCCAAGAGACUUGCGACUCGGUUUCAACAAACACGAUGUUUGUGGAUGAAGAGACCAACGGCGAGGAUACGAAGGGGUUGAGGCUGGUCCACCUAUUGAUGGCGGCGGCGGAGGCGCUUACCGGAGUUAACAAGAGUCGCGAUCUCGCUCGUGUGAUAUUGGUUCGGCUCAAGGAGUUGGUUUCCCCGAAUGAUGGAUCCAACAUGGAGAGACUAGCGGCGUAUUUUACCGACGCCCUCCAAGGUUUGUUAGAAGGCGUCGGGGGUUUACAUGGCAAGCACUCUAUAUCCAAUGGGCCCUACCACCAUAAUCAUCACCGCGAACGUGAUCGUGAUCAGCAUCAUCCGACGGACAUGCUUGCGGCGUUUCAUCUUCUCCAAGACAUGUCGCCAUGUGUCAAAUUCGGGCACUUCACUGCAAAUCAGGCUAUUCUAGAAGCUGUGGCCCAAGACAGAUGGGUCCACAUAGUGGACUAUGAUAUCAUGGAGGGGAUCCAAUGGGCCUCACUCAUGCAAGCCUUGGUGUCCAGGAAGGACGGCCCACCAAGCCCACAUCUUAGGAUCACAGCAAUAGCAAGAGGCGGGAAUGGCCGUCGAUCAAUGGCGACGGUUCAAGAGACGGGUCGCCGAUUGACUGCAUUUGCGGCAUCCAUCGGCCUACCGUUUUCGUUCCACCAAUGUAGGUUGGACUCCGACGACACAUUCCGACCUUCCGCCUUGAAAUUAGUUAAGGGAGAAGCUUUGGUGAUCAAUUGCAUGCUACACCUCCCUCAUUUCAAUCAUCGGACACCCGAUUCGAUUAUUUCAUUCUUAUCGGGAGUGAAGACGAUAAACCCGAGACUGCUGACCUUAGUUGAAGAGGUCACCGGGUCAACUGCGGAUGGCGAUUUCUUGGGCCGGUUCAUGGACUCAUUGCAUCAUUUCUCGGCCUUGUAUGAUUCUUUAGAGGCUGGAUUUCCAAUGCAAGCGCGAGCCAGAGCCCUUGUUGAAAGAGUAUUCCUAGGGCCCAGGAUAGCCAAGUCGGUUGCCAGGAUAUACCGGACCCAUGGGGAGGACGAAGGUUGUUCUUGGUGGGAGCGGCUGGGAAGUGUUGGGUUUGAUCCAGUAAACAUAAGCUUUGCAAAUCAUUGUCAAGCGAAGCUAUUGUUGGGGUUGUUCAACGAUGGAUACAAGGUGGAGGAGUUGGGUUGUAAUAGGCUUGUUUUAGGGUGGAAAUCCAGGCAGUUGCUCUCGGCUUCCAUUUGGACUUCCUGCUCCGAGCCCGACUUUUAACAUAGCUUUUGGCCCACUGGGCCUUAUCUUGUAAUGGCCCUAGAUUAGAUCAGAUAAAGCUUGUAAUAACGGAUUUGUAAAGGAGACAUGCAUACUAGGACUAGGUUGUCACUCCAUUAUUGACAACAUGUUUGAGGUUUCUCUAAUGUAAA